CCGGUGAUGCUGGCUGUUUCCUGCUUCUUCCUCUAUCCAACCCGCUGCUGCUGGUGAUUUCGUGUUAGUUGAGCGCUGUAGCCACAGCGAGACGUAGAACGUGGACGUCAGUGGCUUUUCACGGCACAAACCCCGAGUCAGCCACUGUAUUCUCCCAUCCGAAAUCACAGCAAUGCGCAGGAAAUCUAGGAUUUUAUUAUGUUUCGCUGUGCUUUGGGUUCUAGGCAUAGCAUAUUAUUUCUAUUCGGGGACAACGCUGAGUCGAAAGGAUGACUGGAGUGGCAUUCAUUCAAAGAGAAUUCAAUCACACCUCAAUGCAGAUGACAAAGCCCACAGCCUAGAGACCCUUCCUCCAGGGAAGGUUAGGUGGCAGGACUUUGACCAGGACCUGUACGUGGGAGCAACAGUUGUGAGGCCAGGGCAGGAUCCCUACGCCCGCAACAAGUUCAACCAGGUUGAGAGUGACAAACUCAGAAUGGACCGCAGUGUCCCCGACACCAGACAUGAUCAUUGUCGUCACAAACAGUGGAGGACAGAUCUUCCUGCGUCCAGUGUGGUUAUCACUUUCCACAACGAAGCCCGUUCAGCCCUGCUGCGCACUGUGGUCAGUGUGCUGAAGAAGAGUCCUCCUCAUCUGGUCAAAGAGAUCAUCUUGGUGGAUGAUUACAGUGACAACCCUGAAGAUGGUGCCUUACUUGGGAAAAUCGAGAAAGUCAGAAUCCUACGGAACGAUCGUCGAGAGGGCUUGAUGCGAUCCCGAGUCCGAGGGGCGGAUGCGGCCACGGCCAGUGUACUAACCUUCCUUGACAGCCACUGCGAGUGUAAUGAACACUGGUUGGAGCCCCUGCUAGAAAGGGUUGCUGAGGAUAAGACUCGGGUUGUGUCGCCCAUCAUUGAUGUCAUUAACAUGGACAAUUUCCAGUAUGUGGGGGCAUCUGCAGAUCUUAAAGGAGGUUUUGAUUGGAAUCUAGUUUUUAAAUGGGACUACAUGACCCUGGAACAAAGACGAGCACGGCAAGGAAACCCCAUUGCUCCUAUCAAGACUCCUAUGAUUGCUGGUGGCCUCUUUGUAAUGGACAAGAACUACUUCGAGGAGCUGGGAAAGUACGACAUGAUGAUGGAUGUGUGGGGCGGUGAGAAUCUCGAGAUCUCAUUCCGGGUCUGGCAGUGCGGAGGCAGUCUGGAGAUCAUUCCCUGUAGUCGAGUGGGACAUGUCUUCAGGAAACAGCAUCCGUACACUUUCCCAGGGGGCAGUGGCACGGUCUUUGCCAGGAACACAAGGCGAGCAGCAGAGGUUUGGAUGGACGAUUUUAAGAACUUCUACUACGCUGCUGUGCCCUCAGCCCGUAAUGUGCCCUAUGGCAACAUUCAGAGCAGGCUGGAAAUGAAGAAGAGGUUGGGCUGCAAACCAUUUAAGUGGUACCUUGAGAACGUCUACCCUGAGCUACGGGUCCCUGAUCAUCAGGACAUCGCCUUUGGAGCAUUACAGCAGGGUCAGAACUGUCUGGACACACUGGGACACUUUGCUGAUGGCGUGGUGGGGGUGUAUGAAUGCCACAACGCCGGGGGCAAUCAGGUACCAAUCCGAUCUCAGGAAUGGGCCCUGACUAAAGACAAAUCAGUAAAACACAUGGACCUUUGCUUGACGGUGGUGGAUCGCACAGCUGGCUCGCAGAUCAAACUGCAGGGCUGCAGGGAGAACGACAGCAGACAGAAAUGGGAGCAGAUCGACAACAACUCCAAACUGCGGCACGUGGGCAGCAAUCUAUGUCUGGACAGCCGGAGCGCGCGGAACGGCGGCCUGACGGUGGAAGUGUGCAACCCGUCGCUUACCCAGCAGUGGAAGUUCACUCUCAACCUGCAGCCGUAGCUUGACACGCCGAUCCCAGCCCUCCCCUCCUCGCCCUCGGACAGCCCGUGCUGGGCACGCACUCGCCCCUCAGAGAUAAUCGCUGCCCGGAUACAGACUCAGGGCCGCCACGGUGCGGUCUGGUGGUCCUCAAGGGCCACGGGGCAAUGAAAACACACAAGAUGAUGACUAUUUCCAUCUAACUAUAUACCUCACUGUUUCAUCUGUUGUCCAGCUCUUGGAAAGUGAAUCUUAAGUGUCUAAACUGUAUCGAAACCAUUUUGGGAUUUUCUUCUUGUUUUCCGAUGGAAAGGAUCCGUUUUCUGUCUAAUUUUUGCCUUUUCGUGUCUCAUUUUCUUGAAUUCCGACUCUUUUUUUUUUUUUACAAUGGAUGUCCAUUGUUCUUUUAUUUUUCUAGUUACGUUACCAAUAUUGUUGAAUGUAAAUGUUUUACGGAGACUCCCUUCCUGUGCUGUGAUCGGACUGGAUUUUAGUUUGGUUUGGUUUAAUUUGUGGGCUCAUGGGAUCGAGGGGAGGACUCAUUUGUCGUGCGCACAGUCACAGACACGCUUUGACUGUGGAGGACAGCGGCAGCCUCGUGUUUUUUCGACUCGCGGUGCUCGCGCAAAAAGAGCAGGAAAAAAAUUCAAGAGACCUUUUUUGUUGUUUUCUAGUUUCUAUUAAAUUGUCAAUCUGUCUUUUUCUGUUAAAGGUGCAAUGUGUAAAGAUUCAACCCGCUUCGCGUAAGGGCCCCUGGUGUGUUCUGAAGGAGAACCGAGACAUUGUACAGAACGUGACUGCUGAAUUCACAUACUGUAGCACUGGCUGCUAAUGAAUCAGUAUCUGAAACAUGUCUUCAAACACAAACAAAUGUUUCUCAGACACAUUUUUCACACUAAUCAUUUAUUUCUUAAUUCUAUGUAGCCUUUUUUUUCUUCGCCAAGUGUAUUAUGUAAAAUAAUCAUGUUAAUAACCUGGUAACUCCAAGCAGGGGUUUCUUCUGAUGUCACGCAGUACAUGUUCUGGAUCAUAACACGGGCCUCUUUAAAAUCCUGGAUGUUUUAUUUUCAAGAUUAAUCAUGAUCCUCAGCAGCUUGGCCAAACAUGGCACAUUAUAUCACUACUUGAGAGUCCUUCUUUUUGUUACUGCCUUUGUUAUCCAUGAUACUGUAAGGAAAAUGUGAGUUUUUUGUGUGUGAAUGUGUGUUUCUAAGCAGCUUUCAAAGAGGUGUGUAUUAGAGAAGCAUCUGAACUCACAGUGGAGAAACGCAACGGUUUGUGUAUCCUUUCAAUUAGCAUUUUAUUCAUGCCCCUGAAAUUCUUUUUCACACAUCCAAACCUUGUGAAUGAUUGUGGUACUCCAGUUGAUUUUAACAGAACUAGCGUUACUGUAAAUCCAACGGACAACAAAGCCUGUGAUAUGUGAAACAAAUCAGUUAACCCACCUGCAUUUCAUGUGUAACGCCGUAGCAGUUCGGACUAACUUAUUGUAGGCUAGGGAAUCCAGACUAAAUGAGUCCCUGACUGGCUUUCGGUCAGCUCUCCUCAUGUAUCAGCAGUAAUUAUGUUAAUCUUAGACUUGUAUAUGUUGGGUUUGUCUGUACCACCCUGUGUUGUCCCAGAAAUAACCCAGUUCUCCAUCAGGAAGUAUGAAGACGGCAACAGAAACACACGGAAGACUCUCUGUCUUGAUGUUUCAAAGUCUGGGCAGAGAUUGUGUGGCCUUUAGGAGGAAAAUCAGUCCACCUACCUGUAUUUUAUUAUUAUUAUCUGUAGCGUCAUCGGUUUUCUGCAGAGGUAGAUGUGGACUGCACUUUUGCCAUAGUGAAUCACACCUUUCUCCAGUUUAAAAAGAGAAGCCAAUGAAAUAUAAAGUUUGGCUUUGAACGGUAGGGGGGGUUUUGAAGAACUCAACCAAAUUCAGAGCAAUACAUGAUGGCUAAUCUUUGAAUUGGAUGAAAUGUUUACAUAGCACAGUGUGCCAAAGUCAUUUGCUGUUUGAUUGAAACAUGGAAACACACUUCUACUCCAGACUAGGACAGUUUCAUUUUGUUUUUAGUGAAUGAAGGACUUCUGACCCCACCCUUUCUGUCUCUUUGGUUUCCUUGAAAGACAGUUUUAGGAAGAUCUUGAUGUUGCAUUAAAUGGCAAAGGAAACAGCAUGGGGUCAACAGUUGUAAUAGUGUAUAUGUGUGUAUAUACAGUAUGUAUGUCCAUGCAUGUACAUUUACACAUUCAGUUGCAGUUAUAGUGAUUUGGUCAACUGUACAGCGCUUGUAUUUGUUCAUUGUUUUAUAGAUAUUGCAAAGGUUUGAAUGACGGAAAAUAAUUAACUUAAAUAAAAAAAUAAAAAAAUUA